UUUAAGUUUCAACCGAGAUGUUUCGACGAGUCAGAAUGGACGAAACUGAACUUCGCCGAAUUCGGCUACCACCGCUGGAGAUUGCGUAGUGAGACGUUGAACGGACAGCGUCUGAUCGAGUUCCGACUCGGCCAGGAGGUGGAGUCGGAACAUGGCUUGUCGAUAGCCGCCGCGGAGCUGAUGGUCCGCGCGGAAGUCACUCCUCGCGCGUCCAGGCGCCUCCGGUACACGCUCUGGGCGUUCACGGUCCAUGGGAACGCGAGCGUCGGUGAACUGGCCGGAGCAACGGAGGCAGGAGGUGGUAGGAACGGCGGGCGAGGCUGGCAGCGCGUGGACGUGACGCGCGCGGCGCGGCGCUGGGCGGCAGCGGGCGCGCGCGAGCCGCUGCGGCUGCUGGUGGACUGCAGCGGCUGCGCGGGCCGCGUGCGGCUGCGGCUGGGCGGCGCGGCGGCGGCGCGGCCCCUGCUGCGCCUGCGCGCCGCCGCACGCGCGCCGCGCCGCCGCCGCUCGCUGGACUGCGACGCCGCCGCGCGCGGUCGCUGCUGCCGCGAGAGCUACUACGUCAGCUUCCGCACGCUCGGCUGGGACGACUGGAUCGUCGCGCCAGAGGGCUACUAUGCUAACUAUUGCCACGGCGUGUGCGAGCCCUACCUGAACUAUCACUCGCAGGUGGUGGAGGCGGCGCGACUGGAGCGCGCCGCGUGCUGCGCGCCGGUGCGCUUCUCCGCGCUCUCGCUGAUCUACUUCGGCGCAGACUCCAACAUCAUCAAACGCGACCUGCCCGAGAUGGUGGUCGAGGAGUGCGACUGCCCGUGAGCUCCGAGCCUCCUCCGCCGCGCCCGCCGAGCCCCGCCUUCCCCGCUUCCGCCGCUCGAAUCCGAUUUAAUCCGAAUCGAUUAUAAAUAAUAUUCUCGACUUGUGUAAUUUUGUUCCUCGCGUUCGAAAGACUAUAUCCUAAAAACGAAUCGACUGCGUCCGAUUCGCGUUGCGACGGCGUCGCGCCCUUGAGACAUUUGACACCCGGCGCGACGCGUCGCACGUGCGGCCCCGAGACCCGUCGCGAGCCCGCGAGCCCGCGACCUGCCAAAUCCCUCGCGGCCGCGCGUGCGACGCGCCGCGGCCGCACCGCGCGCCUCACGUCGCCGCGCGAACCUUGCGUAGGCGGCCUAAAUAAUUUAAUAUGCCGUUUUCUUUCACCCCGUUUGGUGAUCGCUUGUAAUUAUU